AUGUCUUUGCUACGCAGAGCUACCUGCACUUUGGCAGCACUGAGGCCGAAACAGGCACCUCAUGUGGUAUCCAUCCGUUGGUUUGGUGGUGGUCCGGGCAGUUAUGGCCGCGGUGGCCCUGGUCCUCGACGUGGUGACGGUGGUGGACGCGGAAGCCGUCGCCGUGGAGGCGGAGGCCGUUAUACAGGGCUACUGGCAGUUGCCUUUGUGGUCGGUGCCGGCGUGUACACCUAUUCUUCGAUCUCAAGCGACAAAGCCAAGGGCAAGGACCAGCAGCAGCCGCCGUCCAAGGUCAUCGUCCCAAAAGCCGAGAUCGAGUUUGAGACGGCGCCGUUGACAAGCAACGCCGAUAUUCGCGAGGUCCUCAGCCCGCAACAUCGCCAGGUUAAAAACAGCCUUGAGAACCCCGGUGUCUACGCAUGGGGUUCCAAUUCCGGCCGCGUGGUGGCGCCUGACUCGACCGACUCAUUUAUCAAGGAGCCCCGGCGCAUUGGUUUCUUUGACGGCCAGAUCCUACGCGACCUUAGGCUCGAUAGCGAGGUUGGUAUUGCGGUAACCGAGGGCGGUGACGUGCUGCAGUGGGGCGUCGGGUACUGGGGAAAGACAGCUACGGCAUCCAAGGUGCCUCUGGCGCCUGUGACCACGCUCAAGGGCAAAGAUAUUCUUAAGGUAGCAUUGUCAAACGACCGGGUCAUUGCGCUCUCGGCCAACGGUGACGUCUACUCGCUUCCGAUAUCCAAAGAGGACUCACAGCCGCCCAGUGGGGCAGUGAUUGCGCCUACGUCGGGGCCUUCCGAACCGUCGCCUACGCCGGCUGCGUCCUCUUGGUUCUGGAGCAGGCCUACAGACUCGACCAACGCAGCGACCUUUGUGGGCUCCAAUGUCCGCAAAAAGACUCCUUCCGGCCUGGGCUGGGGUGAGCGUGUCGUUGACAUUCGUGGUGGACAAGAGCACUGCCUGCUGCUGACGUCCAAGGGCCGAGUUUUCUCGGCCGUGUCGAGCAUGUCCUCAUUUCCCACCAAGGGCCAGCUGGGUGUGCCUGGCCUGAAUUGGGAAACGCGUCCCCGCGAGCGCCCGCUGGAUGCCCCAUAUGAAAUCUCCGGCCUCAAGGGCAUCACUGCGACACAGAUUGCUACUGGCGACUACCACUCUCUGGUGCUCGCACGGGACGGCUCGCUCUACAGCUUCGGGGACAACUCAACUGGCCAGCUGGGUAUCCCCGCGUCGCCCUUGUUCCCGUCGUCGGAUGCCCCUGUUAAGGUGCCUGUAGAGAGGCUCUAUGAACUUCCGGGAGACAGCAAGGCCGUCGAGCUAGCGGGCCGCGAUGCCAAGGACGGCCGCGCAGCUGUGAGAGUCACAUCGAUUGCUGCCGGCGGCGCGACUUCGUUUUUCACUGUUGACGUGAAGGAGAAGGCUGCCGGUGGCUGGCAGAAGGGUGGCAUUUCGACGUCCUCAGACACUUGGUCGUCCGGCUCGGGCAUCUACGGCAGCCUGGGCACAGGCAAGUGGGUGCACAUUUCAACGACGGGACCGGGCAAGAUCCGUGCGCUCUCGGGCCUGUCGGAGUACAGCGAGGCUCUUGGCGCCUUGGUGCCCAUCCGUCCGGCACACAUUGAAGUCGGAGCUACGCAUGCCAGCGCUGUUCUCGACAACGCCACGCGAGUCGGCGCCUCGCCGUCCUCGCGAGAGAAUGCCGAUACAAAUUGGGGCGCCGACACGCUCUGGUGGGGUGGCAACGAGUACUACCAGCUCGGCACCGGCAAGCGCAACAACCAGAGUGAGCCUGUUCACAUCGCACCACUCGAUGGUGCUCGGCGGCGCUCCACCGUGACAUUGCCGCCCGACAGCACAGCCGCGCAGGCACAGGCCAGUCUGGACUUGGCACGCGAGCGCCUUGCUCUGACGCCGCGGACCACCGUGAGACUGGCUGGCAACGGCCGCAAAGUGAGCAUCGAGCAGCGCGUAGUCUGCGGCCGGUACGUGUCGGGCGUGUACUCGGGCGUGUAA